AGAUGAAACCUCUUUCAUUUCUGUCCGUGAAUGGCAGAUUUCCAUGAAACUCCUCCUCUCUCCCUCUCUCCAUGCCUUCUUCCAUGGUUCGCAUCUCUCUCCUCCUCCCCAUACUCCAAACCCUGAUUCUCAUCUCCACAAACUCCAAUCCCAUUCCCAAAACUACUUCACCCCAAAGCCCAACCCAGUUCUCCAACACCCUUCCAUAUCCCACUCCAAACUCAAACGGGUCUUCAAGAACUGUCUCGAAGAUUCUCUGGUACGCACCCUUGAGAACCAACAAGGUUAUAGUCGAUGGCAACUCCACCAUUUGCAGUCGCAACAGGACCUUUCAGCUCGGCUUCUUCCCCUUUAAUGGCGGCGCCUACUUGGCAAUAAUGUACUCCUCAAUUCAGGUCCCCACCGUAGUCUGGGUCGCCAACCGCGACCGCCCCGUCAAGAAUCUCACUUCAGCCAGACUCGAAAUCACAGCCACCGACGGCCGGCUCGUCGUUAUAGACUCCGAUAACUCGACUCUCUGGGCCAGCCAGAGCACCGCCGCCGCCUCCGCCGUCGGCGCCCAAGUCGUGCUCUUGGAGAGCGGCAAUCUGGUGCUGCUCACCCGCUCCGGGGAACUCGCGUGGCAGAGCUUCGAUCACCCGGCUGACACGUGGCUCCCCGGCAUGAAUCUGACGGCGGAGCGGGGCCUGACCAGCUGGCGGAGCGCGGAGGACCCGUCCCCGGGUUUGUAUUCGCUGCGGUUGCGCCCGCAGGAUUACGGUGAGUUUGAGCUCGUUUUUAACGGUAGUGUUGAGUACUGGAGGACCGGGGUUUGGGACGGUAAGGCUUUCGCUGAUGUGCCGGAGAUGACUGUUAAGUAUAUCUAUAUGUUUCACUUCGUAGACCCGUUCAAGCCGACGGCGUCGUUUGGGUUCACCGAGCGGCCGUUGGAGAGAGGGUUGGACCCUCCGCUGACCCGGUUCCAGAUAGACCAUUCGGGUCAGCUCCGGCAGUAUACUUGGGGUUUAAGCGAGACCUGGGACAAGUUUUGGUACCAGCCUGAGGACAAGUGCAGAGUGUUUGGUUUGUGUGGGAGGUUUGGGGUUUGUGAUAGUGAGACCGCUGAACCCUGUGAGUGUCCCUCAGGGUUUAAGCCUGUGGAUGAGUCUGGUUGGGACUCUGGGGACUAUUCCGGUGGGUGUGAGAGGUUUGGUGAUGUGCCUUGUGAGGAAAGAGAUGAUGGUUUCGUGGAGGUUCAGGUUGAGAGUUUGGCGGAAAGUUGGCAUAAUAGUUCGAUUACUGGUAGGGAUGGUUGUGAAAAGAUGUGCUUGCAAGUUUGUUCUUGUAUUGGUUUUCAGUACAACGAGAGAUCUAGUUUGUGUAGACAUUAUUUCGGGUCUGUGUCGAAUUUGAGGAAUCUGAGCUCUGAUGGUAAUAGCAGUAUGGACGCUGGUAGUGUUUUGAAUUUGAAGGUACGAAAAGGUGUGAUCUUGAAGAACAGGAAGGCUAAGGUUAUGAAUUAUACAGUUUUUGGUGCUAGCAUUGUUGGGUCAGUUGCGGUUUUGGGUUUUGUGGUGGUGGUUGUAUUGAUUAGGAGAAGAAGGAUGAAGAGGAAUGGAGGAGCAGAGGAAAGUGUUUUGCUGCCGGUGUUGAAUUUGAAGGUAUUUUCCUACAAAGAGCUUCAGACUGCAACCUGGGGUUUUAAAGAGAAACUCGGGCAUGGUGGCUUUGGAGCGGUUUUCCUAGGGGAGCUAUCAGACCGUACUCUUGUUGCAGUGAAACGCUUGGAGAGGCCAGGCAGCGGAGAGCAACAAUUCCGAGCAGAAGUUUGCACCAUUGGCAACAUUCAGCAUGUCAAUCUUGUGAGACUCAGAGGCUUCUGCUCAGAAGAUUCUCAUAGACUUCUGGUAUAUGAUUACAUGCCAAAUGGUCCUCUAAGUGUGUAUCUACGUCGAGACGGUCCAAAUUUGAGCUGGGAUGUUAGGUUUCGGCUAGCGGUUGGUACGGCAAGAGGCAUUGCAUAUUUACAUGAGGGGUGUAGAGAUUCCAUAAUCCAUUGUGAUAUCAAACCAGAAAACAUUUUGCUUGAUUGUGAUUACACGGCAAAGGUGUCAGAUUUUGGGUUAGCAAAGCUGAUUCACAGAGACUUUAGUGGAGCAUUAGCUGCUGAUGGUAAUCAUGGCUAUACCUAUGGCUAUGUAGCGCCAGAGUGCAGACCUGGUGAUCCAAUCACCACAAAAGCCGAUGUUUACAGCUAUGGAAAGACAUUGAUAGAAUUACUUGGAGGCCAUAGAAUGUGGGAGGCACCUCCAUCUACAGGCGGCAGAGAGGGUGGAAAUGAAAUAACAGAUUCUUGGUGCUUUCCUUCGUGGGCAUCACAGCAGAUAAUUGAUGGCAAUGUGGUGGCUGUAAUUGAUGAUAGACUCGGGAGCAAGUAUAACCUUAAGGAGGCAGAGCGUGUUGCAUUAGUGGCGGUGUGGUGCAUACAGGACGACGAGGCAACAAGGCCUACAAUGGGGAUGGUAGUGACAAUGUUGGAAGGGGUCGUGGAAGUGACUGUUCCUCCAGCACCAAAGUUGUUACAAGCGCUGGUUUCAGGGGAGUCAUUCUGUGGGGUGAAUUCCGAUUCUGGACACAGUCCAUCGAUUGCCAGCGACAACUUCUCUGGUUGUAAUACGAAAUUAUCUAGUUGCGGUUCAGAGUCGUCACUUGGUAAUGUCUCUUCCUUAGUAAAUGAGAAUGUGCAUGAAAACCGAAGAAGUUCAGUGAGCUUUACUGUCAAUACUGACCAUAGCUAAGAGCAUUACACGCCAGUCACAUUUUCUGCUCUCUUCACAACAAAUUUCUCUCCCUGUAAAAAAUUUAGAAAAAGAUCUUUUGUAGAGUAUAUUGAUGUAUAAAGUAAUUUUCCCAUUAGGAAAAGUUUUGCCUCUUUGAAAUUAGAUCUUUACAAGAUGGAUCUGAAAUCCCAAUAAUAUUCUUUCCAGUUUUCCCUUGGUUCC